AUGCAACUAUAUGGUCUGCUUGAUGACGGUAAGUGGAGCUUGUUCUGGUCUCGACCAAGAGAUCAAUGUGCUGUAUAUGGUCAGUACGGCGCUUACGGAAGCUGCAACUCCAACAAUAUUCAAUUCUGCAGCUGCGUGGAAGGCUUCACCGCGCUGGACGAUUACACCUGGGCUUCGCAGGAGUGGUGGUCCGGUGGCUGUGUUCGGCAGAGCCAAUUAAACUGUGAUGCCAAAAAUAGCAUCACCGACGGAUUCGUGGAGUCGAGCGUCACGUUGCCUGAUGUUGAUUCCGCUUCCUCAUUCCCUGCAACCUCAAAGAAAGAUUGCCAGAAAGCCUGCUUCGUCAACUGCUCGUGCCCAGCGUUUUCUUUCAGUCCACCUUCAGGGCGGUGCCACAUCUGGUCAAGGGAUUUGUUAAACAUGCAUCAAAGUGAAUCCAAGACCAAUUCAAAUGUUUUCAUUCGGGUAGCUGCCUCUGCACUUCCGCAGACCGAUAAAUCGCCCUCCUCCAAACGCAUAACCACAAGUGUUGUGCUAGGUAUUGUUGGUGCUGUCACCGUUACUCUGGGUAUAUUUUCAAUUUUAAUGUGGCGGUGGCAUUGGCAGAGACAUUGGCUAGGGUCAAUUGAGAGGUGUACAGAUUCCUCAGACCCUUUUCUAAGAAUGUUUAGUUACAUGGAGUUGAAGAUCGCAACUAGGAAUUUCAGGUAUAAGCUGGGGAGUGGAGGAUUCAGCACGGUGUUCAAAGGAUACCUAAUAGACGGUACGGUUGUCACCGUGAAGAAAAUAAAGGGUUCCAGACAAGAUGAGAAGCAAUUCCGAGCGGAAAUCAGUUCCCUUGGAAACAUACAACAUGCGAAUUUGGUCAGACUUCGAGGGUUUUGCUGA